CACCUCACUCGCUCACUCCUCCCCCAACAUUCAGAUUGCUAGGGUUUCCAGAAACACAGCGGCGCUUUACUCUUCUUCUUCUAGGGUUUAUCCAAAAGCUUGAAUCGGAGAAGAAAAUGGGUCACUCAAACAUCUGGAAUGCUCACCCUAAGAACUACGGUCCUGGAUCUCGCGCCUGCCGAGUUUGCGGCAACCCUCACGCAAUCAUCCGUAAGUAUGGCUUGAUGUGCUGCAGGCAAUGCUUCCGUAGCAAUGCCAAGGAAAUCGGUUUCAUCAAGUACCGUUAAAGACUUGAAGUGUAGCAUUGGAAUCACUGCAGAAGCUGUUUUAAGUUUUCGUAGACUAGGCUUUCUAUUUUGUGAUCUUUAAAGGUGUGGACUAUUCAGCCUGUAUGGUUUUGAAAUGUUAAGACUUUGAUUUUCAGAGAAUAUAAUCCUAUUCAUGCUUCAAUAUUGGAGUAUUGCAUACUUUUCUGCUGUGUUCAA